AUGUCCAUCAGACAAUCAGAGACAAUAGCGCAACGGCAAGUAGUUCCCGAAAUACCGACUCCUACUACCAUUGAUGGAGAGUUUAAGAUAGACUUGUACCUCCAGCUUCUCCAGUCUUUGACUAUCAACUCACGAGCCAUUAUUACACAGCUAUCCACUAUUGCAGAACAUCAUAUGGACCAUGCAGAUGAGAUCUGUGAAGCCAUAGAGAACCGAAUCCGGAAAUGCAUUCCCCAGCACAAACUAUUUGCUGUAUAUCUAUUGGAUUCUAUAUGUAAAAACAUCGGUAACCCCUACAACAUCAUCUUCGGCAGAAACAUCUUCAAAAUCUUCACAGAAACAUACUCAAUUGUCACGGACAACACCACAAGACAGAGUUUGAUCAACUUGUUCAAGACAUGGAAAGAAAUUAAGACAAGCACAGGAUCCGAACUCUUCCCCAAGGAGCUGAUACAGAAGAUAGAAUCUUUCAUUAUUCAAGCCACUACUUUGGCUUCAGCAGGAAAGCAGCCAAUCAGGCUGGAGCAAGAAGUUAACUUUGCUAAACUCACCCCAGAUAUGCUUUUGAAAGAAACCAAAGCUCUUUUGGUGUACGUAAUAAACUUGGGAAGAAGCAUAGACAGAUUCGGCCCAGACUUAAAGUACCUCCUGAAGGAAGAAAAGGAUGAUAUUUCCAAUAAGGAAACUAGACGUAAUCAAUUGGUAGGAAUCAUCAACAAUGUUGCCGACAGUAUGAUUGCUGAUGUCACUGGUAGCGAUCAAGGGGGAGACGCGGCUGUUGCCCCCAACUUCAAUGGUAUCAACAAUCUUUUUGCCCAACAUGUCAGAGCCUAUCACAACGAGUUGUCGAAUGUACGCAGAGAAUUAGACGAACACAGCUUUUUCCAGGAUUCCUUUAUCAAGAAGUUCAAACAGAGAUUAGAACAGCUCAGCGAGAAGAGAGCUUUACAACAAAAAAAGCGAGAGGCUAAACAGAGAUACAGAGAAUACCUCGAGUCUAAUAAAGUCGUUAUCAACACUACACCAACAGCUAAAUUUUUUUCGGGACUACUAAGUGACGUUUCGGCUGAUAAGGAUCUCAUGACUCUUAUUAAUGGCUGGGGUAAAACGCCAGUAGUCAAAGCAAGUAUAAUAGUAGAGGAAAAACCUGAGUCGGAAGAAAAGGAACAAGUCAACGGCAUAGAGAACAGUCAAGGCGAGAGUUUAGAGCCAACUCCACUCAGCGAUAGUUUAGGCUUCGGGUCUCUUGACUUCGUGAAUUCUUUUGUCCCAGAAACUACAGAAUUACAAGAACAGAACCAAGUCAUAAACAAACCGGAGACAGACGAAAAAAGCAAUAAUAAGUACUCAGAAGAUCAAGACAAUGGCGAUUCGGAAAAGUCUUUUUCUCAUUAUAAAGUUAGAGCCAGGAGUCCAGAACUUGUGCUGCCUUCAGCAUCUAAUAGGCCAAUUGUAGAAAACAGAGACCUGGAUGAGAACAAUGAUGAAGAAAACAAGAUUAUUCGUCCCCCUACACCACCUCACCAUAGCCAUUCGUUGGCUUCUCAUCCUAUUGAGUCCAAUUCUCAGUCCAUUGAUAUCAACAAAUAUAACAUCAAUGCCAGAGAAAUCGCAAAUGGCUCAUCUAAAGGUCCAACGUCUCCAGCAAUUAUUUCAGAGAAUGAAUUGCCAAUACGAGUCAGCCUUAGUGAUUAUAAUAAGAGCAAGGAGCUUUUUACAGCUCCUUCUAAAAACAAGACUGCUGUUUCUGAUUUACAAGGAAAACAACGUAAGUCGAGCUUAAAGCGUCCUAACAGCCAAGGCAGAGGAUUGGUCAAGAGGGUGAGGUUUGAUGUUUGA